UUCAAUUUCCUUCCAGCAGAUGUCAGGUACAGACGGAGAGGGUCAGAGGAGUUGGGAUAACGGCACAAAGAAUUUGGAUAAAAGAUCAAUCCUUGGAACCGUGUUUUAUAAAGCCACCCGCAGAUGCUACAGUGUCUUGUUGUCCCUGAACUCUGGUGGGUCUGGACAGUCUCUGCAUCCUUCGCCAUCAGACUCUGGUGACCAUAGUACCUACAGGACCUGUGGGACAGGGACUAUAUAAUCCUUCUAACUGUGGUGGGACCUGACCUGGGGCUUCUUGCCAGUGACCAUCUCCUAUUUCGCAUCCUGAGGGAUCACUGGAUCCUUUGUAGAGGCUUCCUCCUGUUCUAGACCUUUUGCCUGCUGGGAGUGAGAGAUGUGGAAGAGUGGAACAUCCUUAGUGAUUCUGUCCCUGCUCCUGCCGCUGCUACCCUCCCUAGGCCAAGCACAGUCAGUUCUCACUGAUGAUGAAAUAGAAGACUUCCUGGAAGGGUUCCUCAGGGAGUUGGUCCCUGAAGAAGAUGAUGAUGAUAAAGCAGAACCCAGAAGGGAGGAAGAUGAGGGGGGAUUUGGAAUCACUAGAAGUGGAGGCUACGAGGAAGAAGAAGAAACCCAAAUAGGAAAAAAGCCAAAAGCACCUAAAGGAGGUGGAGCAGACCCAGCUGUCAAAGCUAAAGAAAAACAAAAGAAAGAGAAAGCCCCAAAACCCACCAAAAAACCCAAAGAGAAGCCACCUAAGAAGGAAAAACCACCUAAACCAACUAAGAAACCUAAAGAGCCUAAAGAAAAGAAGCCAAAACCAACCAAAAAACCUAAGCCACCCAAACCCACAAAGAAGACACCAAGUAAGAAACAAGACCGGCGUCCAGAGGUAGAUGAAGAAGAGGACAGGAAGAAGAAAACCAAAGAAGAAGAAGAAGAGAGAUUCCAAACACCCCAAGUCCCUGAUGAAGAAGAAGACAGCUAUAGGACACCAGUUAGAGAAGGAGAUGAACGAUAUAGACAACCACAGACUCCUGAAGAAGAUAGAUUUGGCUAUAGAAGACCUCAAAUUACAGAGGGAGAAGAAGCGGAGGACAGAUAUAAGCCACCUCGAGUCACUGACGAUAAGCCACCUAGAGUCACUGACGAUAAGCCACCUAGAGUCACUGACGAUUAUGAUGAGGAAAGAUACAGAAGACCCUAUGUCAAAGAGGGAGGAGAGGAAGAGAGGUACAGAGCAGAAGUCCCAGAGGAGUAUGAUGAGGAAAGAUACAGAGAACCAGAUAUUACAAGAGAAGGGGACAGGUACAAAACACCAGAAGUGACAAAGGAAGUAGAAGAUCCUUAUAGAACACCUGAUGUUACUGAUCAGGAAAGGUAUAGAAAGCCCCCUGAGGAGGAAGAAAGGUACGGAAGACCACCAGUGACCGGCACAAAACCACACACUGGAGAAGAAGACGUAUGGUCAGAAGGUGUUGAAGAGGAGACUCCAACAGAAGAUUACAAUGAACACCUGGAGAGGGAGGACUAUGAUGACUAUGGGAACAACAGACGUCAAGAGAAGCCUCCAAAAGUACCUAAGCGUCCAGAGCGCCCUGUAGUCUAUGAGAAACCUGCACCCAAGAAGCCAGUAGUUGUCACUCCUCCACCAAUUCCUGAAUACCCGGACCCCAGACCAGGAAUUAACUACGACGACUAUGAUUAUACGGUGUUCCUGAAGCCACCAGACAAGGAGGAUGAGUGGACAGAUGAAGACAAAUACCCGACAAAGACAACUAGCAAAGAGGAACGUGAGAAAGAGGAGGAGGAGAGAAAUCGGAAAGACAAGAAGAAGACCCAGGAAACUUGGGAUUCGGAAGAGGAGGAAGAACUUCCAAAGGAGAGAAGAAAGUGUCCUCCCCUUGGUCUGGAAUCCCAUCGGAUAGAUGAUGAUCAGAUGCUUGCUUCCUCUAUGUUGCGCCAUGGGCUGCACGCUCAAAGAGGUCGUCUUAACAUGCAAGCAGGCGCCAAUGAAGAUGACUUCUUUGAUGGUGCCUGGUGUGCCGAGGAUGAUGGCCGAUCACAGUGGUUGGAGGUGGACACUAGAAGAAGCACAUUAUUCACUGGUGUUAUAACCCAAGGACGGGACUCUGUCCUACAUGAGGAUUUUGUCACCACGUUCUAUGUGGGCUUCAGUAACGACAGUCAGAAAUGGACCAUGUACACUAAUGGGUACGAGGAGAUGAUGUUCUAUGGUAACGUGGACAAGGACACACCGGUACAGACAGAUUUCCCAGAACCUGUGGUAGCAAGAUUUCUCCGUAUAUACCCACAGACCUGGAAUGGCAGCCUGUGCAUGCGUAUGGAGGUCUUAGGAUGUCCAAUUUCCAAUGUGGUCAGUUAUUACAGCCAGAAUGAAGUGAUCACAUCAGCCGAUAACUUGGAUUUCAAGCAUCACAAUUACAAAGAUAUGAGGCAGCUCAUGAAAGUUGUAAAUGACGAAUGCCCGACCAUCACUCGAAUAUAUAACAUUGGUAAAUCAGCUAAAGGGCUUAAAAUUUACGCGAUGGAAUUUUCAGACAAUCCAGGGGAACAUGAAGUAGGGGAACCAGAAUUUCGGUAUACAGCUGGACUUCAUGGCAACGAAGUUCUUGGCCGGGAGUUGCUUCUUCUUCUCAUGCAGUUUAUGUGCAAGGAAUAUCGAGAUGGCAACCCACGCAUCACAACUCUAGUACACGAAACCAGGAUUCACCUUGUGCCCUCACUAAACCCUGAUGGGUAUGAGAUUGCAAGUCCAAUGGGGUCAGAACUUGGGAAUUGGGCCUUGGGCCACUGGACAGAAGAAGGCUAUGAUAUUUUCACCAACUUUCCAGACCUUAACUCAGCGCUGUGGGCAGCAGAAGAAAGGAAGAUGGUCCCUUACCGGUUUCCCAACAAUAACCUCCCUAUUCCAGAAAGCUUUUGGGCAGAAGAUGCCACAGUGGCAGUGGAGACCAAAGCUAUUGUUGCUUGGAUGGAUAAAAUUCCUUUUGUUCUGGGAGCUAAUCUACAAGGUGGAGAAAAGCUGGUCUCUUAUCCAUAUGACAUGGCAAGAGCAGUGAAGGAUGAAGAGGAAACACCGCCCCGGUAUCGUCAUCAGUUCCUCCAAGAAGAGGAAGAAGAAGAGGAGGAGUCUGUUGCUGAAGCCCCAGGAGAGGAUGAUGAAGGAGUGGCCAGGACACCUGACCAUGCCAUUUUCCGGUGGCUUGCCAUCGCCUAUGCUUCAGCCCAUCUAACUAUGGGAGAGACCAUUCGUGGUAGCUGCCAUGCCGAUGACUUCACCAGGGGUAUGGGCAUUGCCAAUGGAGCCAAAUGGAGGCCUGUCUCUGGCAGUAUGAAUGACUUCAGCUACCUACACAAUAACUGUAUGGAGCUCUCCAUAUACCUGGGCUGUGACAAGUUCCCACAUGAAAGUGAAUUGGCUGAGGAAUGGGAGAAUAACAAAGACUCUCUACUUACCUUUAUGGAGCAGGUUCAUCGUGGGAUUAAAGGCAUUGUGACAGACCGCCAUGGGGAACCAAUAGCUAAUGCAUCAAUCUCUGUAGCAGAAAUUCAACAUGAUGUCAAAACAGGGAGCGACGGUGACUACUGGCGUAUUCUAAACCCAGGGGAGUAUCGAGUGACUGUUCGGGCUGAAGGUUUUACACAGAGCACCAAGUCAUGUACUGUUGGCUAUGAAGUGGGGGCGACUCACUGUAACUUUGUUCUGGCACGUUCCAACUGGCAAAGAAUCAAGGAGAUCAUAGCAAUGAAAGGCAAGGGACCUCUCCGUCUGGCUCCCCCUGGAGGCCGUCGCCUUUCUCCAUCCGCAAGGCAGCGCAUGCAGAGACGACGGAUGUGGUUGAAUCGCCAGCGCAAUCUUACCACUACUCUUCCACCCACAACCACGCCUUUUGUUCCAACCACCACUUUACCUCCCACAGAGACACCCACAACCAUGCCUCCCCGUAGGUUGGAGCCCCCCACUCCUACUGAAUCUCUGUGGGACACAGAAACUGAGACCUACACAGAAAUAUACACAGAAGUGGAGACAGAAACCUGGGAAGAGGAGGGCACUACACCUGUCGCACCAUUCACCACAGCAGAGACUUACACCGUAAACUUUGGGGACUUCUGAGAGGGCCACCUCAAUGGAGAAGGGUUACAAAAUUUGAUGUUUGAGCGUCGUAAAGGGUUACAGUUUCUACCCCAGAGGGGUCAACUCAACAUGUAUAUAUAGCUUUGAUCAUCUGUAAACAGAGUCCACAGUAAAGCUGUAAUAAAGUAAUGUGGGCCACGA